GUGGAGUCAUUCCGGUUUACCUUUAUGCAAUCAGUGACCAGUUCAAACUCUCGAGGUGCUAUUUGUAGUUUCCAAACAUUUUCUCUUCUUGAAAACGCUGUCUUUUAUAGAUUGAGUCAAGGUGUAUUGGGCUCUCUUUCACCUGCAGGUUUUGCAAUAUCUACCAUUGUGUGCAGCUAUGUAUUGCGACACUAUUCACCCAAAGCUAUUUUGAUAGUAUGUUUAUUUAUGGCUGUCGUUGCAAACUUGACUUUUGCCCUUUCAACUCACUGGUUUCUAUUUUAUUUUUCUCGUUUUCUCUUUGGGGCAUUCGUAGCAGCAUUCUUUAUAUAUAUGCCAGUAUGGACUGAUGAAUUUGCACCUUCAAGGUUCCGCACAAGAUGGAUUGGACUUGUUCAAGCUUGUGCACCUCUCGGAGUAAUAUUGGGUUUUAUUUUUUCUGGGCUACUUAUUGAUUAUCAACUUUCAUGGAGACUGGCGUUUAUCUUUCAGAGUAGUUUUAUGCUGUUAUGUGUUAUUGGUUUAUGCUUUUGUCCUCGUUGCUUUAUAGAUGUUGAGGAGAACAGAGUUUAUCCUUCUGUAGUUCCCAAGACUCCUGAUUGUAAUCGUCUCUGGUCAUCUACGAGGUUAAGAUGGCAGGCGGAUACUGAGUCUCAAUACAUCUCCUUUGUUGACUCCAAAGAUGCAACUAGGAAUCAUUCUAGACGUCUUUUAUAUGAUUGUCAAGAUAAUGCUGUUUCGCCAGGGUUUCUAGGAAAUGGACGAGUUGCUGAAGAAACUAGUGGUCUUCUUGAAAAUGCAAGUGAUUCUUCUUCAAAUGACGAAAACAAUUUUUCCAAUAGAGGGUUAUUUGGUUUUGCUGCAGUUUCUUCCAAUAACUUUGCACAGGGUUUAUAUGCUUUUGAACAGCCAUUGAACCAUGCUGCUACAGGACUUUAUUAUUUUGGGAAGGAGCUCAGUGUUCUUGUUUCAAAUAAGCUCUGGAUAUGCUGUUGUCUAACUCUGGCUUUUCUAUUUUUUACUAUUGAAGGCAUUCGUUAUUGGGUUGUUAUUUAUAGACAAGAGGUUUACUUUGAUAUUCUUUCCAGCAUUGUAUUUGUCUUUGUCAUUGUUUCUGUGACGGCUCCUAUCAUUGGAGUUCUUAUUGGAGGUCAUUUGAUUGAUAGUCUAGGUGGUUAUAAGCAACCUGAGGCUCUUUCGCGUUCGUUAAGAGUCAUAUGUGUAUUUGGCUUUCUGGCAUUUAUUCCUGCAUGGUUUUGUGUAUUGAAGAGUCCUUCCAAUUUAUUAUUCUUUGGUAUUUCCAUAUGGCUCAUUAUAUUCUUUGGAGCAGCAAUGGUUGCUCCACUUACCGGUAUUAUGGUAUCGGCUGUUGCGUAUGAACAUCGUUCAGUAAGCUCAGCGAUGAGUUUGUUGAUCAAUCACAUUUUUGGUUACUUUGCAGCUCCUCUAGUCACAGGUUGUAUAUCUCAAUUCUAUGGUAUAAGAAUUGGAUUUCCAUGCAUUUUAUUGUUGGGUUCAUUUUCUUUGCUAUUUGUCAUAUUUGGAAUGAUUGACAACAAUAGACAUUUGCAAACUUUUCAAUGCCAAGAGAACUCAUUGAAUUAGCUUCGUCAUAGCUUUGAUGGCUCCUUAAAUGGUUGUCUUAUCAUGUAUAGUUAGCUACACAUAUCCAUUCCACAAGAUGUUACAAGAUAGAAAGGGAAUAUUUCCAACAUGUGAUUAUACAAAUACUCUUUUUCCUUUGGUGCAGACUGGUAACAUUUUUUAUUCGAGUUGUAUAACAAUAUUGAAGAUCCUCCCAUGUUAGUGUUCUUGAAAUGGAAAAACUGUAAUAAAAGACCUAGGCAGUCGAUACGAUUACAAACACA